CUCAUUGAGUGAGACUUGCCUGCUCCCUUGCACCCUGUCUCUCCUGUUCUCCAGCAUGGUGUGUCUGUGGUUCCCCGGAGGCUCCUGGAUGGCAGCUCUGACAGCGAUACUGAUGGUGUUGAGCCCUCCACUCGCUUGGGCCAAGAACACCCGACCACAUUUCCUGGAGGCUGUGAAGUUCGAGUGUCGUUUCUCCAACGGGACUGAGCGAGUGCGAUUCCUGGAGAGACGCUUCCAUAACGGGGAGGAGUACGCGCGCUUCGACAGCGACGUGGGGGAGUACCGGGCGGUGACCGAGCUGGGGCGGCCGGACGCCGAGUACUGGAACGGGCAGCAGGACAUCCUGGAUGAACGGCGGGCAGCGGUGGACACGUACUGCAGACACAACUACGGGGUUAUUGAUGGCUUCCUGGUGCGGCGGCGAGUUGAGCCUACAGUCACUGUGUAUCCUGCAAAGACCCAGCCCCUGCAGCACCACAACCUCCUUGUCUGCUCUGUAAAUGGCUUCUAUCCAGGCCACAUCGAAGUCAGAUGGUUCCGGAAUGGGCAGGAAGAGGAGGCUGGGGUCGUCUCCACAGGCCUGAUCCGUAAUGGAGACUGGACCUUCCAGACCAUGGUGAUGCUUGAGACAGUUCCUCAGAGUGGAGAGGUCUACACCUGCCAAGUGGAGCACCCAAGUCUGACGAGCCCUGUCACAGUGGAAUGGAGGGCCCAGUCCGAGUCUGCGCAGAGCAAGAUGCUGAGUGGAGUCGGGGGCUUCGUGCUGGGGCUGCUCUUCCUUGGGGCAGGGCUGUUCAUCCACUGCAGGAACCAGAAAGGACACACAGGACUUCAGCCAACAGGACUCCUGAACUGAAGUGUACAUGAUGACACUCAAAGAAGAACUUUCUGUCCCAGCUUCUCAGCAUGAAAAGGUUUCCUGCUUGGCCCUUAUUCUUUGACCAAGAGCGUACUUUCUCAGGAUUUGGUUUGGUCCUGCCUGGUUCAGUGACCCGGCAAACAAUGUCAUCCCUAUGGCUUCCUCAGCCCCUGCCCUUGGCCUGGAAGUCCCCAGUAUUGAUUGCAGUACCUUGUCUGCAUUCUUUUCCCCUCCCCAUUGUAUUCAACCCUUAUGGCCUGCUAUGCACCUGAACUCACCUCUGCCCACAUUUCUUUAUAAAGUUUUUCUCAAAUAAACAUGGAGUGAAAAUCA